AUGCCUAAUUUUUUUGGUUUGGGAGCAGUGUAAGCUCGAGAGCGUGGAGGAGUGGGGAGAAUCAAAAUGUGCUGCUUAAUCAGAUUAGGACGGAUUUCUGCUGAUGAAUUAAAAUCCUGAAAAGUAGUUACUAGGAGCUCAAGAGACUGGCAGGGAAGCUGGCUGCAACGAUGCCAGCGAUAAAUAUAGAGGAUCUCAGCGAAAAGGAGAAACUGAAAAUGGAAGUAGAACAGCUACGCAAAGAAGUCAAAUUGGACAGGCAACCUGUUUCGAAGUGUUCAGAAGAAAUUAAAAAUUACAUUGAAGAAAGAUCUGGAGAAGAUCCUCUGGUGAAAGGCAUUCCUGAAGACAGAAAUCCUUUUAAAGAGAAAGGAGGCUGCAUAAUUGCUUAGAGGAACAGGAUUUAGGCAAUUUUUGAAAGUGGCAUAAUAACAAAAACCCUUGAAGAACUAGCUCAAUUUAUGUUCCAGUUCUUAUCAAACCAAUACAGAUUUUUUUAAAAAAAAAAUGAGAAUGGAAAUAUCUGCUUAUAAUUUCCUUCCCUGAAGCAGAUUCUUGCUUAAUGUAUCACUAAACACAUUCCUAGAAGCUGUUACCUGCUUUUUAAAUUUCCUGUGCUGCUCUUGGUUUGAAUAAUGAUAUUAAAAAAACCCUAAUUGUACACCUAA